GAUCGGGGCGCGCGAGAGGAGAGGAUACACGCGAAGCGCUCUCUCGUUUACGAACCACAAGUACAACAUUUUAACUGGAUCAGAUUGUGUAAAGGAGGAUUUAUCCCGCUGCCAGAAUGUGUACCCCGUGUUGUGUGUCUCAGCUGGCCUGCUGCUGCGGCUCGGAUGCAUGCUCCCUGUGCUGUGGCUGCUGUCCGAAGAUCAAACAGUCCACGUCGACGCGCUGUAUGUACGCCCUCUUCUUCAUGUUGAUCACGGUGACCUGUGUCAUCAUGAUGUCUCCCACUGUGGAGAAGGGAAUGCGAGAUCAUAUUCCAUUCUACUCUGAAAUGUGCAAUCAGCUCAAUGCAGGGGAGAACUGCAGCACUCUAGUGGGCUAUUCAGCAGUGUACAAAGUCUGUUUCGGCAUGGCCUGCUUUUUCUUAUUAUUUGCUGUGUUCACUAUUCGGGUGCAAUCCAGCACAGGAUGCCGGGCAGCUGUUCACAACGGAUUCUGGUUCUUUAAAUUUGUGGCUUUGCUGGCCUGCUGUGCAGGAGGAUUUUUUCUCCCAAAUGAGGAGAAAUUUUUAGAAGUCUGGCGUUAUGUGGGAGCCGCUGGAGGUUUUCUCUUCAUCCUUAUUCAGCUAAUGCUGCUCGUACAGUUUGCCCACAGAUGGAAUCAAAACUGGAGCUCAGGAGCCAAGUAUAAUAAAAUGUGGUAUGCAGCACUGGCUCUGGUCACACUGGUGCUGUUCUCUGUGGCAGUGGGAGCCAUGGUGUUCAUGAUCAUAUUCUACACGCACCCAGAGGCCUGCUUCCUCAACAAGCUCUUUCUGGGAGUCAACUGCGGCCUCUGUUUCAUCGUGUCUCUGCUGGCCAUCUCGCCCUGCAUUCAGACCUUCCAGCCCACCUCGGAUCUGCUGCAGCCUGCGGUCAUCACCGUCUACGUCAUGUACCUCACUUUCUCAGCCCUCGCCAGCAAACCCAUCGAAACCGUGGCCAAUGUCACUGUCUGCAUCUUUCCCUUCAACUCGGGUCUGAAAAGUGACACUAACAUAGUGACUGGUGUCGGAACGGCUAUACUGUUUGGCUGCAUACUCUACUCUUGCUUGAUCUCCACCACCAAGAGGAGCUCUGCAGCUUUGCGAGUGUACAGAAACGAUAUGCCAGAAAAUGAGAGAGCACGCUGCUGUUUCUGCUGGACUGAUGAAACCGACAAUUAUGAUGAUGAAAAGACAGCAGGAGGACAGAACGUGAUGUAUGACGAGAAAGAGGGCACUAUCUACAGCUACUGCUAUUUCCAUUUUGUCUUCUUCCUCGGCUCCCUCUAUGUCAUGAUGACCGUAACAAACUGGUUUCAUUAUGAUAAUGCAAAGAUCGAGAGGCUGCUGGAGGGGAGCUGGUCUGUGUUCUGGAUCAAGAUGGCAUCCUGUUGGGUCUGUCUCUUUCUGUACAUGUCGACCCUGGUGGCCCCUAUGCUCUGCCCAAAGAGAUUUGUAGCCUAAAAACCUUUGAUCCAAUACCACCACUGU